GCUACGAAUCAGUGCCGCGCGCACUGGCUGUACGCACGCGCUUCCUUACUCACGCACGUUAAAAAGUGACCCAAAAGAGCGCCAAUCGCUACAGGCGCAUUUUUUAUUUUAUUUUUUAUAAUUUUUUUUUAAAUGGACUAAAGGCUAAGGACAUUAUUUUUGUGUUUUGUGUUGUGUCCGUGAAAAUGGCACGUCGUAUAUUUAUUUUUUUGACUCUUCUGUUACACUUAUCGUGUGUGCUGCCGGAGUCGACUUCGCCGCCGCCAGAGACGCGCGAGGACGUCACCGAAGCAUCCGACGAACCUCCUGAAGGAUACUAUGCGUUCGUGGAGUCUCCUAACGCUACUCCACCGAGGGUCCGUCCGCCGCCCUACCGCCAGGUGUCGUCGGAAUGCGCAGAAGCACGCGCGGUGCGAGCGCACGUGUCCGCGAACAACCUGUGCGGGGACCUCAACCGCGGCGUCAUACCCAGGAACCCCAUGGGACAGAACCCUUACGGCGAGCCGUAUCCAUUCGACUUGAUCCGUAACCACACGCUGCGGUUCCUGUCCCGCACGCUGCCGGUGCUGCGCGCCGACGACACGCUGCCGCGCGUCACGCACCUCACACGCGCCGAGCACCACGACUUGCAGAACAACAGACUGGAGGAUCGUCACAAGCGCUCGUUGUCGGAGCCGUCGAGCGACGAGCAAAACUCCGACGCGAUCCCCUCGCGCGCUCUCCGCGCCGAACAUCGCUCCGAACAGCGCGCAGAGCCGCAGCGCGACGGACGCAAGUUCUGCGACGGCGGGGGCGUUUUCUGCAUGUUGUACCGCGCCAUCAACGGUGACGGCGAGUCGUCGAGCGGCGUCGAGAGACGAGAGGACCCGGGGCCGGCGGCGCCUCACGCACAACACCCCAACAUGCCAUACCAUCGAUAUGAGGGUCCUCCCACUCCAUGCCCUGCCCGCGUAGAGUACGCGACGCCAGUGUUCGCGCGCAACUACCAGGGAGUGUGGCGGUACGUGGUGCAGAUACCCUACGAGGGGUACUUCACGCAGACUGUUGAGGUUACCAGAUGCAUGCAAUCCCGCUGUCACUACUUAGAGGGUGGGUGUUUGAGUUCCCCGCGGUGGGUGUCGCUGCUGGUCGCUGAGCUGCACUACCCGGCACAGCAGCAGAACUUGCAGCCGGAGUACCCGCCGGCGGAGGGGGCGGGAGGUACAGACAAGCCGCCGCACUGCGACGGACACGACGAGAUGGGAUGCUACCAGGUGCGUCUGUACUACGACUGGUUCCUGGUCCCGGGCUCGUGCAAGUGCUGGAGGCCGGACUACUUCGCCAGGUACGUCAGGCGCAAGCAGAACAACGAACUGUAAUAACGUUUGAGAACAGUAACAGUCAGACCUAAUGAGAAAUGGAUUGUAUCUAAGACGCAUAUUUAAAUUUAUAUUCUCUGGGGUUAACUUCAGACUGGUCAAAAUUAUUGAGGAUGUACAGUUUGUAAUGUAAAGGGACAUCUAAAUCUGUGGUUGAAAGGCAACAGUUAUUGUUCUGUCGCAUAUUUUAUUUUUAUUUGGAAUUAAAGGUCACGCUGACAAUCAAAUAAAAAAAUUAAUGACUAGAAUAUAUAAAGACUUUGAUGUACUUCAUAUUCUUCUAUAAAUUUAAUUUGAUCGGGAAAAACAUUACAAAUUAAAUUGCUAGUUUAAUAAAAACGUUGCAGAACCUAUCUUAUUUGAAUAGGUUGUAUUUUUAUCCAUGUGUUGCAAAAAACUUUUGUUGCACAAUGCUAAAUAAAACGCUUAAAUAAGACCUAUUUAACAAAAACUAUUUGUAUCUUGGGUUUUCUCUAUCGAUUAGAUAACUUUUGUUGAGACAAGUUACUACACAGCCAAGUGUCGAGGCAAAAAGUGAAGAGUGUAAUUAAAUUUUUUAUGAACUCAAUAAUAUCUAAAUUACCUUACCUCUAUCCCAUUAUUCGCUUCAAUUUACUGAUAAAUAGUACUGUUCACGUCAAAUCAUACUCUCUGGCUGUGUGGUCACACUCAUUGGUCACACUAGACACAAUCCGAGGGCGCUAGUUUCUUGCGGCAAGUUUUUAGGCGAAUCUCACCUGUCACUAUGGGUUAGAAGUCUUAGAACUAUUAGACGGAGCAACUUUUUUUAAUGUCCUUGAAUCGUACAUGCGAGACAAAACUUUGUCUAAUAAAGGUUUAAUGUAAUUCACUGAUAUUUAGUUAUUUAAUUAUUGUAUUGUAUUUAAUGAUCGGUGCUCAAACUGUUGUGAAGACUGUACACGUAUUUAUAAUUUAGAGUUUGUACCAAAAUGUAUUAAGCAUGGCCGAACGGAUCUCCAGCUUAUCGUGUAUUUAUGUUAGUGUAAGUAAUUAGGAUAUAUGUCAUUUAUAACACAAGACACGACAAAUCAAUACGAUUAAAAUCGUAUGGAAAAAUCGUAACAGCCAAUAUUUAUUCACAGUUUGUAAUUUAAUUUAUACCGUCGAUUCGAAGUUUUUGCAUUAAACAAAACAAUUCAAAUCUAUAAUUUUAAAUUAUACGAUACGACCGUAGUGAUUUCUUGUGGUGUGUUUAGUCUGUAAUAGAUGUUAAUGGUAAUUAAUAAAUAGUACUAUGAUAUAUGUCGAACUAUUUCGUCUUGUAAAAAUAAUUUAAUAAUAUUUAAUUAAUUUUUGACCACGUUAUAUUAAGGAAUAACGUACGGCCAACUUGGUUUGCAUUUAAUAUUUAUAACUAGACGUAAGGCACACGCACUUUUGCAUCCUACAGACGAAUGUCACUGUAAAAUGAAUUUGUGUAAUUAUUAAACUAUUAUAAAUAA